UUGUCUCGACUCUCCUCAUAUUUAAUAUGAGACGAUAUUGACAAGGGGCCCGUGAUUUCCCAUUGUAGUGAACUUUAAAACCCCGUGUAAUCUUUGGCGGGCGCAGCAAAUCUUUAAUAAACCGCGAAACUGCGAAACUGCAACAUUCGCCGCUAGAAUUUGAGUUUCACCAUCAUUUAUUACCUACAGCCUGCAAAGCGAUAGAUAGGUAGCAUCAUCAAAAAGACUUUUGGAUGAGCUCCGCAUAAUCAUCCCCUCACAAGUAACAAAAACAAACAACAACUGAAUUAAAAUAUUCUUUUUUUGAAUUUCCUCCUCAACAUUUAUUAAUUGCCUGCAUUUCAAUAACUUUGAUCCCCUUCUUCUUUCCAUAUCAUUUGUAUGAGCCGGGAUGGCUGGUCGUUUUGUGCGCGCGUCGAAAUAUCGACAUGUCUUUGGUAAAUCAUCCAAGAAGGAGGCAUGCUACGAUAACUUGCAUAUCAGUCGCAAUGCUUGGGAUACCAAUUUAAUCAAGGCCAAUCCUGAAUAUCUUUCGGUCAAUUGGGAAGCUAGUGGUGGAGGCGCAUUCGCUGUUAUUCCUUUGAACGAAAAGGGUCGUCUGCCAGAACAAAUCCCAUUGUUUCGAGGCCACACUGGACCAGUUCUUGACACGGAUUGGAACCCUUUCAACGAUCGCAUUAUCGCUUCCGGAUCCGAUGACGGGAAGGUAUUUAUAUGGGAGGUUCCCCAAGGUUUCUCCCUCUAUCAAGACUCUGAAGAACCCGUCGAUGUUGCGCCUGUCAGCAAAUUGGCAGGUCAUUCUAGGAAAGUCGGACAAGUUCUUUUCAACCCCGCGGCAAACAACAUUCUCGCAUCUGCAUCUGGAGAUUACACAGUUAAGCUAUGGGAUAUCGGCACCGGAAAAGCACCUUUGACAUUGAAGCACGGAGAUAUUGUACAAAGUUUAUCAUGGAGCGCAAAUGGAGCUCUUCUGGCCACCACUUCUCGAGACAAGAAAUUACGCAUUUGGGAUACUCGACAAGAAAGACCUGCACACGAAGGGCCCGGACAUACUGGUGCAAAGAAUAGCAGAGUCGUAUGGAUGGGAGAACAUAAUCGCGUGGCUACUACCGGAUUCUCCAAGAUGAGUGAUCGUCAAUUGGCUUUGUGGGAUGUUGGUAACGCCAAGCAACCAAUUGGAGGGUUCACUGUUUUGGACUCUAUCUCGGGUGUUUGCAUGCCAUUCUGGGAUGAUGGUACUCAAUGUUUGUACUUGGCAGGCAAAGGUGACGGUAACAUUCGAUACUAUGAAUAUGAGAACGACAAGUUCGAAUUUUUGUCCGAAUAUAAGUCUAGUGAUCAACAACGUGGUAUCGCAUUCCUUCCUAGACGUGGUAUUAAUGUUCACGAGAACGAAGUCAUGAAGGGAUUUAAAACAGUCAAUGACCAAUAUGUUGAGCCUAUCUCUUUCACAGUUCCUCGCCGUGCCGAAGUCUUCCAAUCUGAUAUUUACCCACCUGCGAUUGGUUUGAAACCUGCAGUCACUGCUGAGGAAUGGCUUGCUGGUAAAGAUGGAAUUCCUGCCAAGAUCGAUUUGGAAAGUGUGUAUGAAGGAAACGGUCCAGUUGAGGUAGCAUCCGAUUAUAAACCACCUGUCACUGCACCAGCGCCAACCCCAGCCCCAACGAAGACCGCACCUCCAAAGGCAGAGCCUGAACCAGCUCCAGUUGCACAAAGAGCACCUCCACCAACUAUGUCUGAACAAAAGGGUUCCAUUUCUGCCAUGGCCUCUAAAUUCCAAGACGAUGAGGAGGAUGAAGCCGAUGAUAACUCCAGCUUCGAGGAGAUUCAAAAGCCAGUUCAGAAGUCCGUCCCAGCUCCAGCCAAGCCAGAACUAAUCAAGCCCGCUCCAACUAAGGUCACACCACCCAAGCCAUCUCCUGUAUCUCAAGCAACACCGACAUCAUUCGAGCCUGCAGCAAAGGCUACCCCCACCACUAUCGCUACCUCUUCCGGGCCCAUUUCCGCGGUUGGUGCUUCUCAACCAUCCCCAACCUCGGUUGGCGUCGAAGAUUCCCUAGCAGAAAUUAAACAACUUUUGGAAGCCCAAACUAAAACUAUUACGGCGCAAACGGAGAAAAUUGGUUUAUUGACUCAAGAGGUUGAUACAUUGAAGAUGAGAGUUGGUCCUGGUGAUCAAAGUGAAAGAAUUAGACAGUUGGAGUUGGAGUUGGAAGCUGCUAAGUCUUAAAUAUGGGAUUUAGUUGCGGGUGUGCGGUGUGCUUUGGGGGGUUGUGAGGAGUGGAAAAGAGGAGAGUACAUUACAUGACGCAGGUAUUUUUCAGGUUUUAGAGCGAUAGGCGAAUUGAUGAUGGAAAGGUGUUUCAUUCUUGUGAGAGCUAUCGUUUAAGUGAAUCUGAGACAUCUACAAUUGAGUCAUAAGUCCAGUGAACAAUUCAAAGAUGCAGGUAUGCGUCUGUCGUAGCCUAGCCCAAAUGGGCACAAUAGAUCCUAAUUUGGAUUACAUUGUCUUUUUUCAACUACCUUUAUCACUCAACUACAAACUAUAUACACCCUCGUAAUUCAGGUCCAACUUAUACACUCUAUCUUUCUUGUUCAACUCUGAUAUAUACAACAUACUCUCAUUCUUC